AUGGCUACCAACCUUCCCAACCAUCGCAUAGUCGAGAACAGGAUUUAUGCCGAGGGUGCAUUCCUUGUCAUCAUCUCGAGAGCUGUCUUGUUCGAGAUUACCCUGCGAGCCUCUGACUUCUUCAGCACCUCUCUAGAAACACAGGUUAACGAGUGGCUGAGUAAAGCUUACGCAAGUGACAAAGCCAGAGACUUUGGAGAAGCCCCGGACGACGCCGAAGUCCUCGAAGAUUUCUGGGACUGGUUAGUCCUGCAAUGCGCACAAUACAUUCGACACAACGCUCCAGUCACACAAGAACCUGUCAGUUUACAGAGAUUUACCUUCCCUCAAACCCAUGCAAUUCAGUUGCUACCAAUUGAUGGGUUAAUCACAGCGGUUCCUAUCAAUUGUAAACGAUUCUCUAAAUCCUCUCUUCCUACGAUAAGCGCGUCAAUUUCAGGCCUUCCUCCAAGUGUCCCGAAACUCAGCGCAGCCGAUGUGCUCAUUUACCAUGACCCAGAUAGUGAAUUUGACCAUACCUGUGACAUACCGCGUCGUGUCCAGGUGGUGGAGCGCAGUCUAUUCUUCAAAUCUGCCAUCAAUACCGGUGCCUUCAUCAGUGAAGUAUCGGCACUCAGCCGUGUUUUAGAAUUAGGCAUGUCAAUCAACGUGUCUAAGAUCUAUGCUAUCGUGCUAUCUGAAGAUGAGAAGAUAAUCAUCGGCAUCUUAAUUGGUUGGCUUCCGUUCGGGUCGCGAAAUCUCUGGAGCGAUGGACUCAUUCGGAUGAAGGAAUAUCAUGUCAAAUGGGAGAGGCAGAUACUAGAUACCGUGAAGGUUCUUCAUUCCAACGAUAUUGUAUGGGGUGAUGUUCACCCGGGUAAUAUCGUCAUAGACUACACUUUGGAUGCCUGGGUAGUCGAUUUCGAUGGUGGGAACCGGUCGGAGUUUGUCGAUGGAAAAUCAGCAGGAACGAAACAGGGUGAUUUGGAGGGCAUUCGCAAUGUCUUUCGCAAGUGGCUACCGCAGUGGUAUCUGGAACUUCAGAGAAGCAUGGCCUCGGACGCAGCUUGA